AUGCGCCCACAGAUUGUCCUCGGAGCAGCCACAGCCGCGGCCGUCGCGGCGACCAACAGCACUCUAUCCGUCGUCCCUUCCCUCUGGGAUGGCCACUGCUCCUAUCCAAAAGGCGACGAUGGCUUCCAGAUUGACUCCUAUCUCGGUCGCUGGUACCAGGUCGCAGGGACGCUCGCCCCAUUCACGGCCAACUGCAAGUGCAUCAAUGCCGAGUACGCUCUCAACAGCGACGGGACGGUCCAGGUCAACAACUCCUGCGAGGCCAAUGGCAAGGCCAGCAAUAUCCUGGGUACUGCCUCGCCUGCCUCCGCCGCGUACGGUACCAAGGGCGUCUUUCGGGUGCAGUUCCCUGGUCAGCCGGGGCCAAAAUGCCCUGGUCCCAACUAUAUUGUUCAAGAUUAUGCCAACGACAUAGCUCUUGUUCAGUCGAACAAUUUUUCCACCCUCUUUAUCCUAAGUCGUCAACAACAAUUGGAGGAUAGUGUGAUCGAUGCAUGGAUUAAAAGAGCCGGCCUCUUAGGGACAAAUCUCGACAAAGUGGUCAAAACCGACCAGAGCAAUUGCUUAUUCACAUAA